UAUUAUACACAGAGAGAGCAUUAGAAGUGUUUUUUCUGAGGCAGUUGGCCCGUUGACAAAUAAAAAGGGGUGGCGAGGAACAAACUUUACACUAAAAAAACAGUGGGAGGUUCGAAAGAAUAGAACAAUGUUCAUUCAGGGUAAUUGGGCUAAGUUUGAACAGAAUGGAAUAGGGCCUGGAGCAAGGAGUUCACAUGCAAUAGCCAUAGUAGGAAAGAAGCUCUAUGCCUUUGGGGGUGAAUUCAUGCCACGAGUCCCCGUUGAUAACAAGCUGUAUGUCUUUGAUCUUGAGGACCAAUCAUGGUCUGUCAAUGAAGCCAGUGGAGAUAUCCCACCGCCACGUGUUGGUGUCUCAAUGGCAGCCGUAAAUGACACUAUCUAUGUCUUCGGUGGUAGGGAUGCUGAACACAAAGAGCUCAAUGAAUUCUUUUCCUUUGACACAACUACUAACAAAUGGACCCUUCUUUCUAGUGGCGAAACUGGGCCACUCCACCGAAGCUACCAUUCUACAGCAACUGAUGAUCGUCAUGUGUACAUUUUUGGUGGCUGUGGAUUCUCUGGCCGGUUAAACGACCUUUGGGCAUAUGAUACCAUUGAUAAAAAAUGGAUGAACUUCCCACCUCCUGGUGAAAAUUGCAAAGGAAGAGGUGGGCCUGGGCUUGCAGUUGUACAAGAUAAAGUUUGGGUUGUGUAUGGAUUCGCAGGGAAAGAGGUGGAUGAUGUCCACUGCUUUGAUCUCAUCAAGAAAGAGUGGGCCGAGGUUGAAACAACAGGCGAAAAGCCCACAGCUCGAAGUGUAUUUUCAACUGCUACAAUUGGCAAGUACAUAUUCAUAUAUGGUGGAGAGAUUGACCCUAGUGAUUUGGGUCACCUAGGUGCUGGUAAAUUCUCAGGAGAAGUCUAUGCUUUGGACACAGAAACACUAGUGUGGAAGAAAUUGGAGGAUGGCUACAAUUCAGCUGAUCAUCCAGGCCCGAGGGGUUGGUGCGCCUUUGCUGAUGGAAAAAGCAAUGGAAAACCCGGGUUGUUGGUUUAUGGUGGUAAUUCACCUAGCAAUGACCGGCUUGGUGAUAUUUUCUUCUUCACCCCACGUAUAAACAUUGAAUAAGUGGUGAAAGUAGUUGUAUCUCUUGUACGUAACUUGUGAACGAGCACGGCCAACCAGUCGCUUAGCUGUGACAUGGUCAAGUGCAUGUUUAUAGUGUCACCAAAUGAAUAAUUGUGAAUAAGGUGGUUGUAAUGUAGCACUAUUUUGUUGGGCUAGAAGUCUAUUGAGACUAUCCCCGAUGAUAUACUGUGGUGCUUUGGCUGCUUAGUGAUUACUGUCUGUGUCAGCUUCUUCUGUCAUGGUUGGACUUUCAAGUUGUGUUUCUGAUUUAAUAAAUCCCAACUGAGAUUUGGCACGACUGAGAAAUAUUGAUGAUUUUAUGACAGGCUGUAGAGUCUAUUUUACUUGUAAUAGUAUUUUUACUUUCUUGUCUAUUAUGCAAAUUUCAAAAGGUGAAUGUAAAGAUUUCUGUGACUUAAAAUAACUUCUAUGUUUCUCAAGAUUCGAGAGUAAAUGAUACAUAUGGGCUGAUGGGCAUGUAUCCUAA